AUGCUAUUAUCCAACAAAUGUUUCAGUUUUAAAUCCUCGUUAAGAAUUAUCGGAGGAAAUGACGCGAGCACAGAUGAGUAUCCAUACGUCGUUCGUUUAGAAAUACAGGAUAUGGCAAAUUUUACGAAUAACACUAUUAUUGCUAAGCAUGAUCAUCUGUGUACGGGAUCAGUACUUUCAGCAACCUGGGUGCUAACUGCGGCCCACUGUUUAACUGAAAUGCAAAGUCCUACUCAGAAAAUUGUAAUAAGAUACGGAGACGUGCGUAAUUCACCAUGGAUCAAUCAUUCAUUUAGUGAUGUUUUAUAUACAGUCAGACAUCCAUUAUUCACUAUCACAUACGAAGAGUAUCACAACAGCGUAAUGAAAAAUGACGUUGGUCUAGUGCGGACGACACCUAUGAAUAUAUCACGUUAUGUCAAACUUAGUGCUAUAGAUUACUCGUCUUUGUAUGGCCACGAAGCUGUUAUAGCCGGUUUUGGAGUAACUAGCGUCUCUGUCCCAGGAGGUAAAAUUCAAAGAGAAGAUACUCUUAUACUGAAAAGGCCACUUCAAGUUUUGAACGUGCUAAUUUCUAAAUGCUCCAAUGAUGAGUCUUUGUCUCCUGCCCUUUGCUUAUCUCCGAAGUGCGGCAAUACAGCAACGAAUGUAUGUGGAGGCGAUUCAGGUGGACCACUUAUCCAUCCUUCGGGGUUAGUAGGAGUAUUAUCUUUAGGAGAUGAUUCCGUAGAGUGCUUAGAUCCAACCGAAAAUAGGAUUGUAUUUGUCUCUGGUAAAGUUUUACCGAUUAGCCCGUACAUUGAAUGGAUAUACGGUUAUGUCUCAGUAUGA